CUCGUCUGAAGGGAAACCGUGCAGGAACAGAUAUCACUGUUUUCUAUUGUGUGUUGAAUUCUGGCACGGAGUGCCCUGUUUUUCUGUUUCCGAGAUCUGUGCGUUCAGUUUGCGUUGGUUUUUGAGUCGUUUUCCGGCCAGCGAGCGUGUCCACGGUGCUGCAUGUGCCAUACCAGAAGUGUUCGUUUUUUGCCAUUCGUCGGCAAAGUCCUGGGAUCUUCGCGGAAGUCAAGCUCGUGACUAUUAUUCCAAUGCAUUUGCCAGGUUGCCUUCCUGUUGCGACCAGCUCCGUUCAUCGUUUUCUCGAAAGAUAUCCUCAGUCCGCUCGGCGGACUGCAAAAGAACAGAGUCCGUCACCUGGGGUGCCGUGGCAGCGACUGUUGCGAUUUCCGCCGAGUAAGAUGUGGCGUUUGAGUCAAGCGCUCCAGUCACUUGCCAUUUCGUUCGCUUCACUUCAAUCCUCUUAUAUGUUUUUCGCUUGACACAAAUCAAAUGUCUUCCUCCUGUGGAAGUAUUCCGACCUGCCACGAUAUGGCUGUUCCGGAGUUCCCAGCACCGCGCGUCGAAUUCUAGGUCAUCCGCCACGCGGUUCACUCUCGCGUUUCGUUCAGCGUUUCUUCAUGCCCUUUUCAAGAAAACUGUACUCAGACGUCUCUUUCUAUUACGUCUGUUCUUCUCCACCUCAAUCGUUGCGUUCGUCCCUACGGAGGCCGCGUCGAAGCCCUGUCUUCCAAGGCGCCACUGCCACUCGCGAACCCCUGAACCGUCGACACCUCUAACAACUCACGACUUGACCGCCACUUCGAAACAAGUCACUAGCUCUCAAUAUUCGAAGCUGCUGUCUCCGCUCCAAGGGGAACCCCGCACCCGCCGUUUUUUCUCGCGUUUCUAAUGCCCUGCAGCAGCAACGACACGGGGGCGGGAGCCAGCUGGGUAGACACCCUUUCGCCGGCGUCCUUUGUGGUUUCUUCCGCCCCAUACAGCACGAUCAGCAGCCGCGGUCAGUCUUCCAACACGAACGCAAAUGGGCAGCUGCAGGCUGCCUCUCAGGCUGCGUCGCUUCUUGCGUCUUCGCACCCCAUCCAGGAGGCUCUCAGACGGGCGCCCGUGCCGCGGGUGUAUGCCCAGCCUUCGGUGCUUGUGCGCUCGUCUCCACUUGGUGCCGCCCACGCUGUGAAGUGCGCAGAAUCUCCGCCAGAUGCUCCAUCUCUCAAUGGCUAUGCCUCGUCACCGAGUUCCGGGCCUGCUGGAUCCCAGCGAGAUGUGUACUCCAACCCGCCUCCAAAUGGCACUCCGACUUUGAAUCCUCCACCCGUGACCGAAGCUCUCCGUUCGAGGCGCUUCAGGGAGACUGCCGUGCAGGAUGAAGACGCAGAAAAUUGGAAACUGGAACGGUCUCAAGAAGAAGCCCCCGUUUCUGCAGGCGCGUGCAUGCCACAGGGUUGGGUGCUUUCACUUCCAGCGAAUUCGGCGCGGCGCAGGAGCGACAGUGGCGUCAGCGACGAGUCGCAUGGCACUGGGGAAUCGGAGGAGGGUGGUGGAGUGCUCUUUUUCACUCCGAUUUCUUCGCCGGUGAAAAUCCGUUCCUUCGCGUCUUCCGGGCCUUCCUCGACCAUCCCCGAACAGAGAAUGGCUUUCGAGAACGACGUGUCUGGCUCCGGUAGACGCGAGCCUCUCGUAGCUUCACAGCCUCUCCCGCCGAUCUCAAAGGGAAGCGAUUCAGGUCCUGUCGACUGGACUGCUAUGUGCAGCCGUACAUACACCCCGAAGCUCGGUUUGCUCCAGAGGUGCUGUGAGGAGACAGACCCCCGGAACGAAGACGAGAACGACGACUCAGAUACCACCCUUUCCUCUUUGCCGGAGUCGACAGGCGUCCCGUGCAGAUCUGGUCGGCCCUUCUCUGGCGAGCGCGCGCGGGUGACCCGCCGGAGCGAGCGGCGAGGAGCCAGUUCGGGGGUGUAUAGACACCCCGGGAAAGGCGCGAGUCGCUUUGCGAUCCGGCACCCUUGCCAGCGGCCACCCUGUUGGAAGAGAAAAACCAAAACCGUCGAGAGGUGCCUGCAGGGGGCCUGGCCGCGGGACUUUCUAGAGGACCCCAGCGAAGUAGUUCGAUCUUCGCGAGAUCAGAGGGCUCCGCAUUUCAGCCAAUUGGAAAAAACGCGGCUGACAGUGCCGAGAGAAGGUGGUGAGCAAACGGGAGAGGCGGCGAGUGGACUUACAGGUAAGGAGAGACAAGAAGGUGGAAUGGCGGAAUUCCGGUCGAGUCGCAACCGUGCAAGACCAAGGCGCUCUUCGUCCGUGCCUACAUCCCCGCAGGAGGGAGAGGCUCCGGACACUGUUUAUGCGAAGAAGACAGCCACUUUCGAUCGUCGCUCUUUGCCCUUCACAUCUGUAGCCAGGCAGUUCUCGUUCUGGGAGAGACACGAGAGAGUCGACCGCUUCGCAGAAAACAAACAACAGACCUGUGGAGACUCUGUGGACCUCGACAACCGCUCUGAAGAAGGCUCGCCGCUCUUCGUCUCUCCCGUCAUGGAGUGUCUUCUCGAUCCGGAAGAACCGUCAGCCGCAAGAGCGUUUCCUGCCCUGGGGCCUUCUGCCCAGGACCUUUCAGCUGCUGCUUUUCCUGUCUCAACGCCAGGCAGAGCUGUCGCGCCUCGAGAGACGCCAGACAGGGGCUCUCUCUCUGGUUGCAGCAGGGUGUCUCAGGAGACAGGGGCGGCCGGCGACAGUUUCGUCGAAGGCGCCCAGCUCGAGAAGCGCGGCGGGAGACACGUGUUAGACUUCUUCACGCCCACGGGUCUCGAAGGAGAGAAAGGCGAAAGCAGACUGGAGCCCGAGUGGAGCCAGGAGACUGGGGGGCGCCGAAGCGACGAAGCUCGCGAGGGACACAGGCGCCGAUCGCUGGGCCCUGGCGGGUGGGAGAAGUUUGAGGAGGAAGACAGCGAGGACUCAGAGGCGUCUUGCCAGAGGGUGAAGCGAGCUCUCUUGUCUCGAGAGACUCCACAGGGUUCCUUUCUCAAGCAAGGACAGGGGCAGAUCCACUCCGCAAAAAAGGGACAAAGCAAAGAAGGGACAGAAACGAUUUUGCGGCGAAGUGAAGAAACAGAUUCAACCGACAGACGAAGCCUCUCCGGCCUCGACCUCAUACAAGGCCCCAGCCUCAAAACCAUGUCCUGGAACGCGUUGGCAGAGGCCACUUCGGAUGAAGAAAUCGACAACGAAGACCGAAGACUCGCCAAGCGCCGACGGUUCUCGCUCUCCACUUUGGAGCCUCAGAGUUCCUCAGAAGAAGAUACGGUUUCCAUUGAGAGAACCAUCGGUCCGCGGUCAACGAGCCCGCCUCACGCUCGUGUAGGUCCAGUCGCAGCUCCUCCCGCUCCAGCUGUCCCCUCUGCGUCGCUCGCGUCUCAGUCUUCUCUCUGUGCCUCUUCUUUUCCUUCGUCUUCUUCUUUCUCGUCUUCUCUCUCGUCUUCGUCUCUCUCUCCUCUGCCUCACAUUCCGCGUAUGCCGAGGAGUGGAAAGGAAGAGGCUGCGAUCGCGGCGUUGCUAGCGGCGCCUCCACCUCCGCCGCCGCCACUCGCGCGUCUGCUACGAAAGCGGAAGAGACAGAGCACGGGAGGCGUCGCCCGACGCAUGCUGUUCCACGGGCCUGGGUUCGCAGGACCGGGCCUCCCGUCGGCAGACGAGGCGACCCUGGUGAACAGUUUAGGGACAGCGUUGACGGCGGAAGAGACGCAGGAGCUCCGCCAGCGCGAAGAGGCCGAGCGCGUGCGGCACCAGAUGCUGGAGAGGAAACGCAAAGAGGAGGAAGCGCGACUCGCGGCAGAGAUGGCAAGGCAGAAGUCGGAGGCUGAGACGGCAGCAGCCGAGAAAGCAGCGAAGGCGACUGAAGAGGUCGGUUCGGGAAGCAAAGCAGAGAAGCCAGCGGCUGUGCAGAGUGGCCCUUCCUCUCAGGGCCCGCAGUUCGUGUUUGGAGCCAAUCGCCAGGCAGGAGACUCCUGCGGCUCGGCCAACCAGCCACCCGCGCCCCAGGCAACCCGUUCUCUCGGAGAAGGCGCCCUCAACGUCUCGCCUUCUGACGGACCAGCCUCCUUCUCUCAGGCAGACUCAGGGGGCGGUACGCCUGCCACAGAGAAGCCGUCGACUUCGGCAAGUCGAGCUGGAGGGAGUGGACCGAGUCCCCUCCUGGCUCCUGGGCAAAGGCGGCCUCGACUGACGAUCGUCCGGCCUUCUGCGAACAGCGGAAACCAGGGGGCGACUUUGGGGGGGAAAAAUGCGUUUGGAGCAACAGCCGGAAACGGAUCGUCUUCGGGGUUCACUGGCGCAGGGCCUGCAGUCUCGCCGAAGCCCCCGGGAGAGACAGGUGGCGCGGGACCCGGCAUCGGAGGGGCCGCUGGCCCGGCUGGUGGGCCAGCCGGCCCCGGCCGGUCUGCCUUCUGGGGGGGCGCUGGCGCGCAGGGUCAACAUUUGGGUUCCAACUCGGAGCCCGCAGCCAACGGCCUUCUCCCGGGCUUCGGAACAUCGGGCCUCGGCGUGGCAGGCUCGGGGGCCCCUCUCGCCUUCGGUGCUGGAAUCGCUUCAGGCCCACAAGAUGCUGGCCCAGGAGCACCUGCAGGAGCAAAUCCUUUCGCGUUUCAGCGUGGUGGGCGCACAGCACGGGGAACACGCGGCAGGGGAAGCCGGAGACGAUGACCGGGGUUGUGGCUUUCCUUGUGCGUCCACAUGUUAUUCGUAUUUUGGGGCGUACAGAACCGUUCACUGUUGGGUUUUUCUUUCGGGGAAAAUCGAGCAUGGGCGCGUUUCUUUUCCGUAUUCUCUGCGCAUGCGUCAAAGGGUGCAUGGACAUUCUCACGCAGACGUUUCUCUUCUGCGCUUCAUAUCGUUCUCAGAAACGAUACAGACUCUUUUUGCUUGAAUCGCACUGGGUGCUGAACGACAGCCCAUCCUGCUGAGCCUAGUUCGUAUAGCAUCAUCGUCAAAUUCAACUACGAAAAAGGGAAGGCAACAAGAGGCCAGAGGAAAGGACAAAGCGGAGUGGCACGCGAACGACAAAGUCCCAGCCUGCUUAGCUUAGUUGGUAGAGCAUCCGCCUAGUAAGCGGAAGGUCGUCGGUUCGACUCCGGCAGUAGGCUCUUGAACCCUGUCCUUAUAAGGAAAAGGUCACGUAUAGGUGAAGUGUUGUCAGAAGGCAACCUAGUGCUUUGCCGUUGAGAUGAAGACAACUGUGUUUUGUGUCGUUCCUCGAAACAACUAACGCGGAAUCAUGUUUACCAGCACAGUUGAGGUCAGUGUGGUAAAUGCAAAGUAUCACGGCUUGGUGGAGAAUAGAGGAUGUGUCAGUGUCCGGCUCGUCGCCACGAAAGUGCUAUGUUGAGACAAUCGCUGCAUUGGGUGGCUGCGCUACGGUUAGGCACUUUGCAGUCAUGCCUUCAUCAUAUCGGGCAAUCCACGUAUAUGCGUGGGAAGAUUGUAAGGAGAGCUUAUUGCGCAAAACACGCAGGUCGAGACGUUCGAAGGCUGAUGCUACGAUGACCUUUUAACAGUCGUAUCGACAACUCCUCGAUUAAAUUUGCCCCCGUGCAAAUCCUGUAGAACCAGUAAGGAGCGC